AUGCCGGCGACCACAACCCUCUUCCGCGCCGCGAGGCCUGUCUUCCAGUCGCGGGCCGCCUUCUCCCGCACCACGGGCUUCCGCGCCAACUUCUCCCAGUCCGGACGACGAUUCCAGAGCACAUCGGCCGGCGAGACAGCACAGGCGAGCUGGUUCCAGCGCAUGUGGAAUAGCCCCGUUGGCAUGAAGACCGUACAUUUCUGGGCCCCGGUAAUGAAAUGGGCGCUCGUAAUCGCCGGCAUCGGCGACUUCGCGCGGCCGGCCGAGAAGCUGUCCAUCACGCAGAACGCCGCGCUGACGGCGACGGGCCUGAUCUGGACGCGCUGGUGCUUCGUCAUCAAGCCGCGCAACAUCCUGCUGGCCGCCGUCAAUUUCUUCCUCGGCUGCGUCGGCGUCGCCCAGCUGACCCGCAUCGCCAUCCACAACUCGUCGCAGAAGAACCAGAGCCUGCCGGAGAAGGCCGAGGCCCAGGUCGAACAGGCCAAGGACGCCGCUGCCAAGGAGGUCGCCAAGGUUAAGGACGCUGUCAAGCAGUAA